UUUAUGAUGGCUGCUUAAAAAUCCUUGUCAGAGAAUUCUAACAUCUAUGUCAUAUUGGCAUUGGCAUCUAUUGACUAUUGUCAUUCAAGGCUUCGACGUCCAAAGGUGGGGUAAGCGUGUUUUCUGGACCUUGAGCUUUGAGAUGGAACAGAGAUGGAUGCCGGCUUGGUCUUGGCAAGGCACUCAGGUGAGGUGGGGCCAGACCAGGCGCAGCCCAGCUAGACCUUCCGUAGAGCUCGCAUCUGCUGGGCGUGCAUUCAUGUAAAGAGAGUCGCGAUCAGCGAGCCUGUGUGUCGGUUCGCGUGUUCCGCCAAGCUCGCGAACUUCGCCGGGGUCGAAGCUUCCCGCGAAAGGACACACCCGUCCGUGACCGCGCUCUUAUUGGCCGGGCCCGGACAUCUGCCUUAUGGCGUCAGCUGCAGGGGCUCGUCUCGGGCGGGAGAGCCCGGGCCAGGGCGGGGUGACGUCAGCGAAGGCGUGCCCUGGCCUCCAGGAGCAGUGGGCGGGGCCUGCGGGAAGGUGUGCAGGGGGCUGGAUGGGGGCGCGGGCGGCACGGCCUGGGCGGGGCCGGGGCGGUGACGUCACGGGGCGGCGCAGCCCGGCUGGCGCGCGGGUAGGUAAAAGCGGCAGGCGGCGGCGCUCACUUAAGGCGGCGAGCCGCACAGAGCAGCCUCUAGGUCGGCGACGUGCAGCGCUGCUCAUCAUGUCCCUGGGGAGCAGCCUCUCGCGUCUCCUCCGGACGCAAGUGCAUUCCGUCCUGAAGAAGGCUGUCCACUCCGUGGCUGUGAUCGGAGCCCCGUUCUCAGGGGGACAGAAGAGAAAAGGAGUGGAACAUGGUCCCGCUGCUGUAAGAGAAGCUGGCUUGAUGAAAAGGCUCUCCAAUUUGGGUUGUCACCUAAAAGACUUCGGCGAUUUGAGUUUUACUCCUGUCCCCAAAGAUGAUCUCUACAACAACCUGAUAGUGAAUCCUCGCUCAGUGGGCCUUGCCAACCAGGAACUGGCUGAGGUGGUUAGUAAAGCCGUGUCAGGUGGCUACAGCUGUGUCACAGUGGGAGGGGACCACAGCCUGGCAAUUGGUACCAUUAGUGGCCACGCCCGGCACUGCCCAGACCUUUGUGUGAUCUGGGUUGAUGCCCAUGCUGACAUCAAUACACCGCUCACCACUUCAUCUGGAAAUCUCCACGGGCAGCCAGUUUCAUUCCUCCUCAGAGAACUACAGGAGGAGGUACCACAACUCCCAGGAUUUUCCUGGAUCAAACCUUGUAUUUCUUCCCCAAGUAUUGUGUAUAUUGGUCUAAGAGAUGUGGACCCUGCUGAACAUUUUAUUUUAAAGAAUUAUGAUAUCCAGUAUUUUUCCAUGAGAGACAUAGAUCGACUUGGUAUCCAGAAGGUCAUGGAACAGACAUUUGAUCUGCUGAUUGGCAAACAAAGGCCAAUCCAUCUGAGUUUUGAUAUCGAUGCAUUUGACCCUACACUGGCUCCAGCCACAGGAACCCCUGUUGUAGGGGGACUGACUUAUCGAGAAGGCAUAUAUAUUACUGAGGAAAUACACAAUACAGGGUUGCUGUCAGCACUGGAUCUUGUUGAAGUCAAUCCUUGGGUGGCUGCUUCAGAGGAAGAGGCCAAGGCUACAGCUGUCCUAGCAGUGGAUGUGAUUGCUUCAAGUUUUGGUCAGACAAGGGAGGGGGAGGGCACACUGUCUAUGACCAACUUCCUACUCACCAGAUGAAUCACAAAGUGAAGAACUUGUGAGAAUUUAGGAAAUACUGUGUGCUGACACGUGUGUCACAAUGAACAUUCCAGAGUUAAGAGGUAUUUGAGGGGACAGAUAUUAAAUGGUUGUCUGGGUCAAUACUGCCUUAAUGAGAACAUUUGUGCAUUCUCACAAUUGUAAAGUUUCCUUCCUCUCUCCACUUCGGUGACCAAUAAUACUAUUGUACAUGUAUUUGGUUUUCUGCAGUUCACAGGGUAUUAAUAUGUUAGUGUACCAUGUAAAUUUAAAGUCAUAAACAGCAUUUAUUACCUUGGUAGAGCA